AAAGCCCUAGAAUACCUCCUCGGCUGUGCUCCCCUCCCAGCAUCCAUCGCUAUUCCCCUUUCAUCUCGCACUCGCUUUGCUCAACCACACUGCCUCAUCAAUGGAAUCCACUGAACCUUCGCCAUUGGAUUUGUUCAAGUCCAAGAAAAUUUUGCACUCUUCUACUCCAACGCCAUCUGAUAAAAAUCCCCAACCUCAUCCGCAUCCGGAUCCAAAUCCAAGUCCAUGGAGCUCCAAAACCCCCGAGAAACCCAUCGUCCCCCCUCGCAGGACCCGGAACAGCGCUGCUGCUCUUUCCUUGAAAGAAGUAAGAUUGGCUGCAAAAAAUCUCCAAGAACCGGCUCUGCAUCAGAAACCCAGACCCGACCCGCUUAUGCCCGCCGCCCUCAAAGAGCGGAUCCCUUCCUGGCCCGAAUCUUCUCCUGCUAAAGUAAACAAACCCGACAACUCGAUCAAGCUUCCAGAAAAGUAUGACAUUCUGGAUAAGUUCUUUAGUAGCCUGGAUAGUUCAAUUCGGCUUCUUCGGAUGAAGGGAUCAACGACUACAUUUACCAAUAUUAGUCCCAAAAUGGAGUGCUUGACGGAUAGGAGGUUUACUUACAGCCAUUUGGCUCAGCUUAAGUUUAUUCUGCCUGAGGCUAUUGAGAUAAAGAAGAUUUUGAUGCAUGAUGAGCGCACCAGCUGUAUGAAGCCGGAUCUAUAUAUUGCUUUGCACGUUGAUGAACUCGAGAAAAAUGUAAAGAAGAAAUCAGACGGUGGCAAUGUCCAGCUGAGGAAAAUCUUCCAUUCUCGGCUUUUAGAUUUCUUUAAAUCUCAUCCCGGGGGUGAUGAAGUUCCUGAGGAAGCACUUCCAGAACCAUUUAAUCAGUCAAAGACAAUUCUUGAGACUAACUUACCAAGAAUCUCAGAAUCAUCGACAGUUGGUGAGACACAAGCUGUUGCAUUAUCGGAACAGCAGCCAAUUGCAGCAUCUCAUUUAUCUCGGUCUUUUACAAGGCACUUUUCACCUAAGGUUACUGGCUAUGAAACUGGUGAGAGUAAGCAACAAGAGCGAGUUGUAUCUGGUCAUGCUUCAUCUCUAGUUUCUGAACCAGACUUUGCCCAGAUAAAUCUCGAUCUAAAAAAUUGUACAAAAGUACCUUCGAAAAUGAGGAGAAUUGCUGAAUCCUCAUCUACUAGGGCUUGCCCACUUUCUCCACCCCCUGCAACCCCAGUAAAAGACACAAGUUCCUGCAUGGGUGCAGAUUGUCCUCCCAAAGAAACUGCUGCUAUUCAAGGGACCCCUUCAGGAUCCGCCUCUACUCCAGUAAAAUUGAUGAGUGCCACACCUGUUCUUCAACCACCUAAAAGAUGUUACAUGAGCCCAGAUGAUGAUUUAAAUCAGUUGCCUAACAAACUUGUUAGGCGUCCAUCGCGUAGCCGGUCGCUCAAAUUUGACAAUCCAGUGAAGAGUGCAGCGGGUGAUGAUGAAGUCCAGGAGGCUGAAUUUUCAUCAGUUGAUAGUGAUGUUCUGGAUGUUCUUUCUGAUAAUCUUAUACAAUCGAUAAGGGAGAAAGAGAGAAAGGCAUUUUUGGAGCAAGAUCCAGCUAUCUCACAGGCAAAAUGGCGGAAACAGAUGCUUACUAGCUUGCCCAGGGUGUUCGACAUGAUUUACUUUUUAUUUCAAUCAAUCAGGCGUUCUGUUAUAACAAAGGAAGAGCUUAUGCACAAAAUAAUUUCUAACCAAUUACAUGUAGUUGAUAGAAGGGAAGUUGAAGAGCAACUAAAACUCUUGCGAGAGCUAGUUCCAGAAUGGAUUUAUGAAAAGUCAUCAUCUAGUGGUGAUAGCCUCUUAUGUGUGAACAAGAUAGCAAGUCCAGAAAUACUGCGCACGAGACUGGCUGAAGCAAAGUAACAGAGUGGUCAUAAAAUAUGACUACUUCAAGUAUAUGAAGAAAGAACUAGAUGAAGCAUGAGAUUGCUCUAUAGAUGGGAUCUUGACCUGUUAAUAGCAAUGUAACUUUUGAUCAUUUAUAUCCCUGACUCUGAAUUAAUGUUAUGGUUCUUCUUGGUGCAAAAUUGCCAUGCGCUUCAUCUUAUUGA